AAUUUAGUGAUAUUGUGAGAUGCUUGAACUGCUCUGAAGAUUAAAUUACAGCAGAGAAACGUUUUGAUGUGCUCAGGUGGGUGGCUGGAUGGGAUGCACUGGAACAGAGAAGUCCAGGAUGGGAAUUUCAGUCACCCAUAAGCAAUAUUACGGAUUGGGUGCGGUAAUGGAAACAUUUUGACGUCAAUUUUCAAUUCUCAGAGCCCCGACCUACUGAAGGAAUGGAAGAUGGUGACAAGUGCAGGUUUGGUCCCAUGAGUGGAAGAGUUGUUCACAGGUUCAGUUCUAGUAAAGCGUUAAUUUGAUGAGCGCGGCGUUCUGGUCAUCUUCGCUCCUGCGUCGGCUGCUCGGAUGGACAGGUGUUAUUGCACAGCCGGGAGUUUCCUGUGGAGGGCGCCAGCUCCGCCGCCGCUCCGGAGAAAUUUCCAUCGGAUCCGACAGCAACGAGGAUCGCACCGAGCAGCAGAUAAACAAACAUGGGAACGUACCGGAUCGCGCCGCUCCUGCUGCCUCCUUGACGCAAACACCUACCCCGCCGGACCGCCGCCGCCCUUAAACCAUGUCCGAUUCGCUCAGUUACCUAGCCUUAUUUGUCCUGCUUUGCUGCAAUGGGCUGAACGGUUCCAUCAGGGGUAAGCCGACUGCAAAGGCUGGCGUGGAGGCGCACAAUAAGACGGGGAAACUGCACGCCCAGCAUCCGCUGCCGGGCCAGAGUCCAGGGUCUUUAUUCACUUUGAAGGUGCAGGUAAACAAUGUGGUCACUCGUCAUUACCUGGACAAGGCCACUGUUGACGUCUUUGUUAACUUCACUAAGACUAACUCUGCCCUUACCGAGGAGGAUGGAGGAGUGGUCUUCAAAGUACCUUACACACUGGGCCUCACUCUGACUGUCACGGCACGCAAAGGAGGUUACCUGCUGGCAUCUUUACCCUGGAAAACCCAAAGAGUGCCAGUUUUUGCGGCUGUAACACUUUCAAUGAUUCCACAAAGCCGGGCAAAUCUCUGGUUAUUUGAAGAUACUAUCUUAAUAACAGGAGGAAAAAAUGAUGAUGGAACAUAUCCUAGUGUCCAGUUCCCAAAGGGAUUACUGAAACUACCGAAGAACACAUUCAUUUCUAAUCUAACAGCCUAUCUCACAGCUCCGCAGCUUCCCUGGCGAGCAGACAGCUUUAUCCAUACGAUGGGGACCUUAAUGAACAAAUCAAGGCUGAAGAGCAUCAAACUGACUCCACUGGCUGCCAUUAAUGUUGAAUUAUUUGCUGCUGGAAAGCAUGUAAAGGUGGCAGGAUCCAUCCACAUUACGUUACCCCUUGGACCAACUGAUCUAGUGACACAUGCAGAAACUCUUCGAGCCUGGACGUUUGACCUGAAAAUUGGUGCCUGGGUAAACCGAGGACGCGGAACUGUUAGGAAAGAAGGUGACCAGCUUGUCUGGACCUACGUAGCCCCUCAUUUGGGUCACUGGAUAGCUGCCCCUUUACCACUAACCACAGGUACAAUUGGUCGUAUUGCAAAGGACAUAAGCAACUACCAUACAAUGCUACUGGUGGCUAUAUUAGGAGGCACAGCAGUGAUUCUUGCUGGUUUUGUGGUUGUGCUUUUCUGUUUCUGCAGAGGACGAUAUAGUCAUCCGCAGAAAAAAACACAAAUCAAGACUAAAAUGGAUACCUCAAAGAAAGACCAGACCACAUCAACCAACCAAGUGAACUUUGCUCCUGGCACCAAAGAAAGCUCAAGACCUGAUGAAAAGCCUGCUCCACAGCACCCUCCUGCCAUCUCCUGUAGUCCUCAAAGGGAGACGCCUCAAAAAGAAAUGAAAGAAUUCUGCAAACAGGUGAAUAAAUCUACAGAGAGACAGAACAACGAGAGCUGCAAAAUCUAUGUUGAGAAUUUCACUAUCCGAUCUCGGAAAAAAUGUGGGGACAAAAUUUAUCAGCAGGCAGUCAGCCACCCGGACAACGUCCCCAAGAAUGCAUUGCAGAUGAGACAUAUAAAAAUGCUUGCACGGAGGAAGGAAAUGGUCGAUGAGCAGUACAAAAUGCAGCACACUGUAAAUGAAGAAAUGUACCAGUUACCUCUUAUUUCAAACAAAUUAUUGCCUAUUUAUAACCCAGCUGUGGCUAUCAUGCAAGCCCAAGAUCAUUAUGGUACUCCAGAGCAGGUUUCUAGGUCAGCUACCUUGCCCAGAAAUAGGCAGAUGGUCUAUAGCCCGUUGGCUGAGCCACUCACCAAGGACAGUUACACGCAGACACUUCCUAAGAUGCCUUUACACUCUCAGCAGCAAUCAGAGUCCCAGAGACAACAGCAGGUUCUUCAGGUGCAACAGGGCUAUGUGAAUGCAAAGCAGGUGCUAGAUCCCAAGCUCUCUGCCAACUGGGGAAGGUUCAGUAACAAUCUGCUGGAGUCUGUGUCUGUUCCUGGCACCCUGAACGAAACAGUAGGAGUGACCCCAUUUGCCACUGAACUGCAGGGUAUCUCCGAGCAGACAUUGCUAGAGUUGACCAAAAGCAAGCCUUCACCUCACCCGAGAGCAUGGUUUGUAUCCCUGGAGGGGAAGCCAAUACCGCCGAUCAGACAUUCGUGUGUGCUCAUUCAGAAACCAAAAAAAGCACAUAGCAAUGACACAAGCCUUGAUUCAGGUGUUGAUAUGAACGAGCACCACACUGGUAAGAGGCCGGAAAAAGAAAAGACUUGUGCCAAAGCUGCAGCUGCCUCGAAGAACCUUUACCCAGAAGAUGUAGAGCUGAGCGGGAGUGAAAGUGGGACCACGGUGUGCACCCCUGAGGACCUCUCCUUCAGGCAAGGCCUGGAUAUGGGCAGUGGCCAGUUAGGCGAGGUCGAAGAAGAGCAGAGUGACCAGAGUUUACAGGACGAGGAGAUCAUUGUGACCCCUCCCCACAGACAAGGGCGAAUGAGUACUGAAGGCGAGGGGGACAAUAGUAAAAAAAGCAUUUGGCAAAAGAGGGAGGAGAGACCUCUGAUCUCUAUAAACUAGUUGAGUUGCUUUACUUCCAGACCUUCACAAUGGAACAAAAGCAUGUUUUUGGUUCAGUGGUUAUGCAGGUUUUUAUGCACUCCAUUUUAUUGUUGAUUGCAAUUCAUUGUACUGAAUAAACUCUUUGUAUGUGUAUCUUCUAGAUCUUUCAUUAACUUGAAUAUACUGUAAAUACACACAGUUAUCAAGCACCAAGUAUACAAAAUUUGUGUCCUUUAGACUUUGGCCCCAGAACCUAUACAUAAAUUAACUUAUUAAGAUAAUCUGAACAGCUUCUAGUAUAUUUUUACAAUUAAACCUUUGUGUCUUUUUUCACAAAGCAAUUUACCCUGAUCUCUCACCUCUGCCACGAUGAAUUUUAAGUAAGAAAGAAAGCAAUUGAAUUCUCCUUUGAUGUUUGUUAGUAUCUUGUUGUCAGAAAGUAGUUAUGGUUAAGUUUGAUUUGGGUCUGUAAGGAAUAAUUUGUGUGGUGCCCACAGGGAAGCUGAUCUAAGAAUUUAAUUAAAUUCACACUGAAGACAAUAGGCUUAAUUUAAAACUGCAUUGAUAAAGGGAUGUACAAUCUUGCCUUUGGGCGCUUGCCUUGAUUUAAACAUGACAUUUCAUUUCAUAAUGUAUCCCCUUUAAAUUUAUUUCCAAAGCUUGAUGCAAAGUAUAGUUUCAGAUGAUUUUAUAAGAUGUUAAACCAUGUAUAUAUUUCUUUUUAAAGUCUAAUCUAAAAAGCACAAAUCUUGCAAAAUUGCUAAUGAUUGUGAUACUUUGCAUGUGACUUUGGGAGUAGGAAUUCACACUGCAAUAUUUAGAAAACAGAGCAGAUGUUUGAUGUUGCAUUCUGUGAGGCUAAGGCUCAUCUAUAAAUAGAAGAGUUACCUAGUUUACAGUUAAAUCUGAUAAAGCUUAAUACGAAGCACUUUUUUUGAGUCACGUUAAAAUGUAGAAAGCACAAUAAAAAGACUAAAUCAUCACUGAGUUCCAAAUCCAGUCAUAACAGGUAUCUGAAUAUUUUUUCUGUGACAGAGGUGGGCAGAAAACAUUGAAACAAAUUGGCUUCAGAGUUUUGACAACAAACCACAUCAAGACAUAGAGUGUACUUAUUCUGUUGUGUGUUGAUUCCCCAGCCAUUUUGUGGCAUCCAUGUUGUUUCACUUUCAUGCCAAUUUGCAAUUGAUGUCUGUUAAGAUCCUGAGAAAUCAGUCAGUAGGCAUUUUUAAGCUGACGAAAAGCUGCAAUUUGAAGUAGUUCUUUGUUCUUAAUCUGUCCUCAUUUGCCACAAUCUAGGCAAAUCCUGACUGAAAUAUAUUUUCAUUAAAUAGUUCAAAUAAUUCUGCUUAAUCUUGGCAACUACGCAUUCAAAAGGUUGGACUCAUUAUUCUUGGAGCAUAUCUUGAUGAGCGGCUUGAGUUUUCACUUCAUUCAUGAUGAUACAGGAACUAAAGCAAGAGCUUGCUAUUUCGUGAGACAUUGGGAAGUAUUUUAUUGUAUUAUAUGUUUUGAAGAAAGUGUUUGCUAAUUCCGCGUGGUGUUUAGCAUGGUUGCAUGUUCAUAAUUUGUUCAUUACCCAAGCCAGUUUUGCCAUAAGACUCUUGUAUUUUGUGUGAUAUUUUCAAGGAGUAGUGAAUUACACUCAGAAUUGUUUUAUUGCAUUGUUGAAAACCCAAUAAAACUGAACUAAGUUUUGUUUACAUUGGUGUUUGAGUCGAAUGCUGCUUCAUGGCACCAUCAGCCGCCCCCUCAAUCACUAGUGAUUGAUAGUGGAUGUUGGGAUAAUUAGAUUGGAUUUUGUCCUGCCUCUUGUGGGCUGGACAUUCCCAGACAAUUUUCCACAUUCCCUGGUGUUGUCACUGCUUUGGAACAGCUAAGCUAGAGGUCAGUUCUCAAGUGCAGCUUGUCAUCACUGUAACUGGGUUACUGUCCAGGUCCAGGGCCUUAACUACAUCCAGUGUGUUCAUCAUUUUCUUGCUAUUGCAUGGGUAAAAAUGGCAACUGAAAUUCAGUUAUAGUGAGGGAGAGAAAGCCAAGAUGGAUCGUCCAUUUUGCUCUUCUGGCUGCAGACGGCUGUAAAUGCUUUGCACUUUUUGGCAUUCAAGCUCCAUCUUAUGAGGAUGCGGUGUUCACAGAGCACCAACUUGUUGGCUGAAUUGCUAACCCCAUCCAUGUGGGUAUGAUCUAGUUGCAGAACUUUGAUCUAGCCUGAUGAUUGUGAGAUUGCUGAGCUCUAUUGCAUUUUGCUUCUACCAUUUAGCAAACACUUGGCCAGGUUAACAUGUCAUGUUUAGGUGUGCCUGAUGCUGCCCCUCGCAUGCUGUGCCUGCGCCCUUCGUUUGAAUCGGCAUUAUAUGAGUUAAGUGAUUAAUUUCAUUUAUAUCGGAUAUGUCAUUGGCCUGACAAAACCAAGUUAACAUU